UUAGGUUGCGAAUCUGAGGGGAUUUUUUCACAGUUUUUAGGUAGUUUAGUCAAUUUCGUGAUAAAUAUAAAGGUGAUAAGUGCAAAUCAAGUCGUUUUCCAUCCCCCGCCUUUGUACCUAUCGGAAAAAUAGGCCGGAAAAGUGUGAAAAACUUGGAAAACCUCUACCAAAACCCGGCCACGAAAGCAAAAUCGCGGUUCGUGUAUCGGGGAAAUCGUGAAUUUUCUCAAUUUUUGGGUAAUUUCCUGGUACAAUGGCUACAACCGAGACGAAGGAAGAUUAUAUCCAGCAACGGUUGAACAAGGUGCUUGAAUCGCGCAUCGAAUCGGAUAGGGAAACACUCGAUGCCCUCUCGGAUUUGUCCUCGUUCUUCAAAGAAAACACUCUCCAAACGCGCCGAAAUCUGAGGAGUCAAAUAGAAAAACGGUCUCUGGAGAUCAAUCAGCGCUUUUUAGAUGCCUUCCGGAAUGUGAAGGAAGUGCUGGAUGGCAUCUGUGAGGACAUCAACUCGAUGGGCCAAUCCGUGGAGUGCAUGAAAUCGCAAUUGCGCAGCACCGAAGCCCAAACCAAAGAGCUGAUCCAGCAGGCCAACACCUUGCAGGAGGAAAACAGCAAGCUGCAGGUGCAGCAGAAGAUUGCGAACGGGUUUCUGUCGCGAUUUCAGCUUUCCGUCGUCGAACACCAGAUGCUGUAUGGCGCAAAGCGGGAUGCUCCUAUAACCGGGGAGUUUUUCCAAGUGCUGGAUCGCGUGCAGAGCAUUCACACCGACUGUCGCACCCUGAUGCAGAGUGGCUAUCAAACGGUGGCUUUGGACAUCAUGGAAGAAAUGACGCUGCAUCAAGAAGCGGCCCUCGAACGAUUGUACCGAUGGACACAGUCGCAUUGCCGGAACGUGGAUUCGAAUGAGAUGGGCGUGCUGAUCGUCGAAGCAAUGGCAAGACUUCAGGAGAGACCGGUUUUGUUCAAGUAUGUCAUCGAUGAGUACUCCACGGCGCGUCGAUCGGUUGUGGUACGUAGCUUCAUCGAUGCGCUCACGAUCGGUGGCCCUGGUGGCAAUCCGCGCCCCAUCGAAAUGCUUGCUCACGAUCCUAAACGCUACAUAGGGGAUAUGUUUGCGUACAUUCACCAAAUCCUACCACCGGAAAAGGAAAGUUUACAAUUGCUGGUGCGAAACUGCGACAAGGAAGAUAUCUCGGAACAGAUCAAAUCCGCCAUGGUCAACGUCUCGGACGGAGUUUGCCAUCCACUGCGAGUGCGGGUCGAGACGAUACUGAACGCGGAAAAGGACACGAUCGUGCUGUAUUCCAUUUUCAAUCUGAUCAAGUUUUAUCAGAACAUGAUUAACGGUAUCGUCAAGGGAGGACAGCUGGAACAGUGCAUGGCAGAUUUGCAGAUCUUUUCCGAAACGACAUACCUGAAUUCACUUACAUUCCAAGUGAAACAGCUACUUCAAGGUCCGAACGAGAACCGGAUCGGACUUGAACCCCCGCAAACUGAUCUGGUGCCUUCGGCGAGCGUGGGCCGGCUGUUGAACCUUCUGAAGGAGAUUCUCUCCGUCGCCAGUAUGGUGGCUGGCAGUCAGGCAGACAUCGUCAAAAUAGUGGGGUGCGUUAUUGAUCCUUUGUUGCAAUCGGUUCAAGAGUCAGCUUCACAUCUACCGACCACCGAUAUGGCAGUUUACCUCUUAAACUCGUUGUAUCAAAUCGAGAGCGUAAUCUCGAUCUACGAGUACAUGGAGGAGCGUUUAGAGCGAUUGCGGGCACAAUCAGACGCGCAGAUCGACACGCUUACCUCGGAACAAGCAUCGUCCUUGGUGGCUAACCUGAAUCUUGGUCCGAUCUACACCGUGCUACAGGGAAACGCAUCGCAAAUCGAUCAGCGGCACCUGCAAAUGUUUGUGAAUAAACUGGAGCAAUUCCUUCACACGCCAGAGAUUCUUCUACUGCCCCAGGUGAACUUGCUCGUGAGUAGCAGCCACCGGGCUACGGUACAGAAACGUUCCUUCAAUGUUAUAAUUGCUAUCUACCGGCAAAUCUAUGAACGCAUCAACGAUCCGGCCAACGGCUAUACGAAUCCCGAGACGAUCUUGUCCAAAACGCCGGAGCAAGUUGCAGAACUGCUGUGUGGUUAAACCGUAGGGAACGUUGUUAUUUCAAUAAAGUUGAUCUGAAGGAGAAAA